UUCUUGUCCUUUUAAUAAAAAUUCUUAUAGAAACCAAACAACAAGAAAUGUUUGAUUUAACCAAUUAUGAACUCUCGUCCAGUAAACUAUCCAGCGAGAUCUCUCCCAGGAACGAAUGUCUGAUGUUUCACAAUAAAAAAAAAUGUAAGGUAUUCAGAAACCUACGCCGCCAUGAUGUUUAGAAAAGAGCGCAUUUUCAAGGUCAGCUGAUCGAACGAGUGUCACGUGCACUGAGCACGACAGGCAGUGCUAGGCCCUGCGACAGUCUACAUCAGUCUACGCAUCCUCUGCUGAGUGUCUGGCUGGAGGCUCACCAAAAAUAAAAAAAAGUAUGUUAAAGGAAAAAGACAAGACUCCGCUAUAAAAAUACUUUCAAUUAUUUACAAAGUGUCUCGCUGCCAUGGAGGCCCACACGUUGCAGGCAAACGCUUCCUGUCGCGAUCCGCGGGUGACAGACACGACAAGCACUUCAGACGGAGCAGACUGCUAGUGAGAGAAGAUAACUGCUUUACAACCAUGGAUGGUGUUUUCUUUUUACAGAUUUUAAUUUCUUGUCUCAACACUUUGCUAAUGCAGACCUAUUCAGAGUUGGUUCCCCGGCCCGUCUGUUGUCCUCAGGGUGUAGAGAGCGGACAAGAUGUAACGAACAGCCUUGGGUCGUGCGGCGCUGCGAUACUUCCCACCCUGAGGAAAGUCUGGAAAAUGGAUUUGAAUGAAACAUUCUUCAUCAGCAACAUUCUCGUUGAAGCCAUCACUAGUGAAAAUGAUUCAGUCAGCGUAGACAUUGGGACGACUUCAUGCAACACCUUCCAAAGAGAGUGUUACGUCUCGUGCUUCUCUCGUCAAGUGGUGCAACGAGAGGGCUGCUACGUCACCAUCAACAUCACGUGUAUCGUCACCAACGUCAAGGGUCGAUACGUGCGGGUGCGCCAGGUCAAAGCCACUGCGCUUGAGCUGUGUGAUGUGAGGAUCAUGGGAUGGACAGUCGGGGACAGAGGGCAGAAAAAUUAUGCGCUAAAUGCACCAUGCAACAGAAGUUCUGCAUCGACAAACAACAACUACAACGCAAGUUACGCCGUUGACGGAAACCUGGGUUCACUGGGCAACAAAUCGUGCAGCCGCUCAUUUACAAAGAAUACAACAAACCACUGGUGGAAGGUGGAUUUUGGAAAGCUGAUACUCGUGUCACGUGUCAUUAUUACGGGCUGCCUAGACUGUAAUUCUACCGAUGAGAGACUGUCCAACUUUCUGGUGGAACUCGGGCGUUUUCAAGGAUUUACACUCUGUCGUAACUUUACUGGUGUUGCUGAACCUCAGACGACCCUCAACUGUACGCAGUCCAUCUGGGGCCGGUCUCUCCGCAUAUCAAAGACGGGAAACUACUUAAUACUGUGCGAGGUUGAAGUUUAUGGAGACGAAGACAAUAUAACACGUGAACCAGUCUCAGACCUAACGUCGGAUAUAAGCUGCAGUUCGUUCAUCAAGUCUGAAGAGUCUGCAACCUCCCUUGAAACCCCAGACGAUAAUGCAGCAGACCUUGAAAUUCCAGAAGAGAAUGCAACUACCCGUGAAACGUCAGAAGAGACUGCAACUACCCGUGAAACGUCAGAAGAGACUGCAACUACCCCUGAAAUGCCAGAAGAUAAGGCAACUACCCGUGAAAUUUCAGAAGAGAACGCAACUACCCGUGAAACACCAAAACAGGAUGCAACUACCCGUGAAACGCCAGAAGAUAAACAAACUACCCUUGAAACUCCAGAAGAGGAUGCAACUACCCGUGAAAUGCUAAAGGAGAAUGCAACCAACCGUGUAACACUACAAGAAAACUCAAACCCGACGACAACAAAGAUGGUUACUGCUGAAAGUAUUCAAAAACAUGGGGACGAGCAGAAAGCAGGAUAUUGCACUUGCCAUUGCCACUUUCCAGUUAAUAAGAGUCAAGAAAGUUUACAGCAGGAAGUGAAGGAUACAGGGAAAGAGCUUAUAGUGCAAUAUUCGAAGAUGAGUAAACAGGUCCGCAAAAAGACCAGCGUCCAUGACAAGCGACUAUCUUCUCAAGCCGUUGGGAUGAUUUGUACCCUCGCUAUUUCGUCCAUCUUUGCAGCAAUUGCUGUGUGCGAUUUUUGUCGUCUUCUCCAUUAUGUCCUCAACAGAAGACGUGAAAAUACGUAGGAGGUGUAGGUCUGUAAAAAAAUGAUGGAUCUACCCGGAAACUCCAACUAGGUCACGCGCAAAGCGUCGGAAGGCCACAACAAAAAGCAAAAGCUUCUCUCUCCUCCCAAAGGUCAAGCACGAACUAUGGGUCAAGUGCAUGACAUCAGCCUCUUACAUAAGCAUGAACACAGAUUAUUCUGCCCAUGACUUGGCCUAAUCUAGAGGUAAAUAAACAUUUUGGGAGGGGAGUCUUGGACAUGUGCAUGCAGCUUCGCGCUAACGUUCGGAUGACGUAACGGGCUACACGUUUAACGCUUUUGUCUGAAUUAUAACUGUUUUAUUUUCAUUUGAAAAAUGUUUGUACUUUUCUUGGGAAAACAAAUCAGUUUUCCCUUUCUUUUGACAAACCAAACAAAAAGUUAUUGUUUGUACUAUGCUGUAUGCCUUGAGUAGUUGGUGUCUAUAAAAGAAACAUGACAUUCAAAAAGCAUGAGAACUAUAGGUAGCCUCAACUGUUUCCACAUCUUACAUCUGGAUAGCAAUACGUAAGCUGGAGGAAAUACUAGGAUGAUUUUUGACAUUGGGAUACAUCCGCGAAGUGACGACCAGACGCAUUUUCUAUUUAUACAUGCAUCUAUAGAGACAACUAUAAAGCAAUGCAGUUUCAAGCUGUUUAUUGUCUAAGAAUCGACGAUGUGUGCGUCGUUUGUCA